AUGACACAUGAGCUGAUUAUUGCAGACGAAUUGAUCACGCGCUCUGGCUGGGCAAAUCCGAGCGCAGUCGACGAUGGUCGAGUGAAAGACGAUAGCUCAAUUACAGCAACUUCAAAUUCCCAGAGAUGUGGCUUGGGCGAUGCUGUGAAAGCAUGCUCAUUUGGAGGUCUCCCAGUUUUAUGUCGACCGAGUCGAACGACAUUUGAAUGUGAAGGAGCGAGUUCCAAUGAGAAUACUUCAGUUAGUCGCCGGCGAACUCAAACAGCAUCCGAACAGAGACCACCUGUAGCCUGUGUCAGCAUUCCAGAGGCUUCCGGCCCAAUUCGAAAAAUAAGUCCAUCUGCUUCCCAGCAAAAACAGGCGAAUUCCGCUGCUGGAACGAUUCCUGGGGCUCCAACAUUUUCUGUGCAGGAAACAUUUGUAUCCAAAUUUUUCGAGGAUUUUAUUCCCGAGAAAUGGCUUGGUUCUGGCGGAUACGGUGUUGUUUUUAACUGUCGCAAUCGGCUGGACGAUCGAAGUUACGCUGUCAAACGAGUCGCAGUCAUUAACAGUACGACGGCAAUUGAGCGCGUAAAACGUGAGGCUCGUGCAAUGGCUCUGCUUGAUCAUCCCGGCAUAAUUCGUUAUUUCCAUACAUGGAUGGAGAAGCCUCCUGCUGGUUGGCAGCAAGAAAAAGACAGGGAAAUAUUGAAGAUAGAUUUGCCAGCCAAUAAAAAAUGGUUUAAUGAAGUGAUGACACCAGACUCAUCCGGAAGUGACUAUAUUGAGGAUAACAGUUCUAAUGCACUGUCAUGGGCCGAUGAAGAAGGCCGGGCUGUGGAGUCAUCAAUCGAUGAUGACAGUGAUUCGGAUGGACGUGAGAUAACUGCCGUGCAUGUGAAAAAGGAUGAGUCGGCAAGCGUGGUUUUUGCAUACGACGAAGCGGCAUACUGUGAUGCCGAGCACGCAGAUCCGUUUGAGCCGCGUGCUGUUCUGGUUACUAGCGCUGAUGAACUGAAACGUUGCAACAACACCAAAGACUGCGUCUAUCUCUACAUACAAAUGGAAGACCUCACGCUUCAUAGCUGGUUGCAAGCAAACAACAGCAUCGAGGACCGGGAUAUCAAUCGAAUGCGUCAUUGGUUUGCACAGAUUGUUUCUGCCAUCGAGUAUAUCCAUGGUCAAGGACUCAUUCACCGAGACUUAAAGCCACAGAACAUAUUUUUUUCUGUGGACAACUACUUGAAAAUUGGCGAUCUCGGACUUGCAACCAGAUACGUAGAUGCGAACCAGGAAAAUGCUGCUACGGAAGCUCGCAGUAUCGUUGUAAAUAAUUCGCACACAAACGAUGUCGGCACUCGUUUGUAUAUGAGCCCGGAACAGAUCGAAAAAAAGCCAUACAGUGAGAAGAUCGAUAUUUUUUCGCUGGGACUUGUCUUCACUGAACUUCUCAUACCUUUCACGACCCUCAUGGAACGCGUCGAUGUGUUGAAUGGUGUGCAGGACGGCGUGUCACCGGGUCUUCUGGAGAGUCGACCCGUUGAGAAGGAAUUUGUGGAUUGGCUUACCGAUGUUGAUCCGGAACGACGCCCAUCAGCACAUGAAAUCGCCGACAGUGACUAUUUGCGCAGUGAGAUGCAAAUGCUGGGAUACUCGUAUUUUCGUGAGCGUCGAUCUCCGCAGUGUAGCCACUAG